AUGAGCGAAACAGUUUUGGUUACAGGAGGUACAGGAUUUGUUGGGGGCUACUGUAUUUUGCAGCUAUUGCAAGAAGGCUACAAUGUCAGAACGACUAUUCGUGACCUUAAAAAAGAAGAUGCAUUGAGGAGCACACUUAAGAAGCUAAACAUAAACGAAGAGGUUUUGAAAUCAAGGUUUCAAGUCUUCCAAGCUGAUCUUGUUAGUGACCAAGGUUGGCCGGAAGCUUUAAUAGGUUGUGAUUAUGUGCACCACGUCGCAUCUCCAUUACCUUUACAACAGCCGAAAGACGAAGAUGAAGUAAUUAAACCUGCAAAGGAAGGCACUCUUAGAGUAAUCAAGUUUUCUGAAAAAGCCGGCGUCAAAAAGUUGAUCUUUACGUCUUCAUUUGCAGCAAUUGGAUAUGGACAUCCCGAUGAGAAAUAUUUGACAGAGGAAGAUUGGGCUGUUCCUGAGAAGGCCCCGAAUGCUUACAUAAAGUCCAAGGGAUUAGCUGAGAAGGCUGCUUGGGAGUAUUUGAAAACUAGUGGUAGCAAUAUGAAAUUCACCACCAUAAAUCCAACCGCCAUAUUCGGUCCCAAAUUACCAGGAGGGAAUCCUGCCACUUCACAAAUUAUGGAGAAGCUCCUUGAUGGGUCAAUGGCAUUAGGAUGUCCCAAAUUUUCAUUCGGUAUAAUAGAUGUGAGAGACGUUGCAAAAAUUCAUAUUUUGGCAAUGAAAUUGGAUGCUACUGACAAUCAAAGGUAUUUGUUAACAUCAAGAAGUGAAGAGUCCUCACUAUUAGACAUUGCAAGUAUUAUACGCAAGAAUGUAGACGAGGAGAAGGGUAAAAAAUUGCCAACUAGAGAAUUACCAACUAUUUUAUUAAGGUUUAUGGGCCUCUUCUCCCCUCAGGUGAGAAAUAUCUUGUCUACUAUUAGAGACAAAAAAAGAUACAAUGGCCAAAAGGCAAGGAAGGACUUUAGUUGGGUCCCAAUUGAUCCUGAAAUCUCUAUAAUGGAUACUGUUAACGGUUUGGAUAGCUAA